UAAUAAUGUAGGAGUUAACAGAACUUAAGAACUUAGUUAUACAAUCUCUUGAGGCUAAUGGAUCUCUUGCUAAGAUUAGAGCUUAGAUAAGAGCUUCAGUCUUUAAUGUAGUUGAUUAGCAGGAAGGCAAUAAUAAAAAACCAUCUCCUUUUUUUUGGGAAAAUAAUAAGGCUUAAACAAUUUAUGAAUUAGGAUGCGGAAGAGACAUGUUAGAAUUAAUUAAAGAGUUUUUAUUAUUUUUUGAAAUGCACUACACCAACUCAAUUUUUUCAAGGUAUGAUAUAAUCUAUACAAUUAUAGUGAAAGCAAUUUAAGAGAAGAUAUUAAUCGUGAUUAGAUUGCUAAAAAAUUAAAUAUUGAUGCUACUGAUUCUACUAAGCCUUUGCUAUACUUUUUAUUAAAAAAUAGAUAACCUGAAAAAAAAUCGUAUUUUUUAAAUUUAUUUUAUUUUAGAGAGGAAAAGGGAUAAUAACAAAAAAUUGCAUAACCUUCACCCAAAGAGAUUCAAUUAUAAUAAUAAUAAUAAUAAUAAUAAUAAUAAUAAUAAUAAUAAUAAUAAUAAAAAUUGCAAGAUUAAAAACUUUAAGAAUAAAAACGAUAAGAUGAAUUAAAAAAAUAAGAAGAAUUAAAAAAGUAAGAAGAACAAAGAAAAUAAGAAGAAUAAAGAAAAUAAGAUGAAUUAAGAAGAUAAUAAUAGGAAGAGUAGAAAAAACUUGAAGAAUAGAAAAAAGAAUAAUAAAGAAAAUAAUAGGAGGAGCAAAGAAAAAUGGAAGAACUUAAAAAAUAAUAAGAAUAAUAAUAAAAAUAAGAAUAAUAAAAGUAAGAAUAAUAAAGAAAAGAAUAAGAAAAGUUGAAAGAAUAAUAAAAAUAACAAGAAUUACUUAAACAAUAAUAAGAAAGAGAGAAGCUUGAAGCAGAAUAAAGAAAAGGUUAAGCUAAAAAAUUUGAACAUAGAAAUUACGAGGAUGAAAAGUUUGAUAAUGAUGAUUUGGAAGAAUAGUUAGAAGGAGAAGUAUAAAUAUUAUAUUAUCAAAGGAUUUAAGAGAUUCUCAAUUGUAAUAGGAUUAAUUUUAAGAAUCAGAUGAAUAUAUGCAAUAAUCAUAAUCAUAAGGUAUUGAUAUGACUGUUGAUUCUGCUGCAUUGGAAGAGUUUGAUUAUUAUGAAGAUAUCGAAGAUAUGGAUUGA